GUUUUGAGAUUUUGCGGAGAGGUGUGUUGGUUGGGUUACGGAGAGGGUAGCAACAUUUUACAUACGCUUUUCUUCUGGAAAAUGCACACCUCUCAACUAAUUUUAUCUAUUUAUAUACAUUUUAUCGUCCAUAAGACUGUUAGGUCGCAGUAACGUUACAUCAAAUGACAACGGUCCCACAGCUCACUUGUGGUUAGCUAUCGUUUGAAGAAGAUUAGAAGGGGCUUGCUCCCUACAAAUUCUUUCGUCUCCUGCUUUCGGAAUGUUUUCCAAAAAGCCUCAUGGGGACGUCAAAAAAUCUACACAGAAAGUGUUGGAUCCAAAAAAAGAUGUCCUGACACGUCUGAAACACUUGCGGAUUGUUAGUGAAAAUGCUGAGUCGGGGGAUCUGAAGCACUUCUUUGACCAGUACUACUCUCACAUCUACUAUGUGUUCUUUGAGAACUUUGUCACCAUUGAAGUCAGUCUCAAACAAAAAGGUCACAAAUCGCAAAGGGAAGAACUUGACUCCAUUCUAUUCAUAUUUGAGAAGAUUCUGCAACUCCUACCAGAGCGAAUACACGGACGAUGGCAGUUCCACAGCAUAGGCCUCAUCCUAAAGAAGCUGUUGCACACUGGGAACUCUUUAAAGAUCCGAAGGGAGGGUGUGCGUCUGUUCCUGUUAUGGAUGCAGGCCCUGCAGGGUAACGCACUGAGAGAGCAGCUAUGGAUAUUUGCCUGUCUGAUCCCAGGCUUCCCAUCCCCUCAGUCAGAGCUGGGACCCCGUACCCUGGACAACCUGGUGAACCCUCCUCUCAGCCUUCAGGAGACUCAAGUGACUCCAGAAGAGAUCAGUCCCCUGGUUCCUCCACAGUCAGGGGAUAAGGGCCAGGAAGACCUCACAGGAUACUUUCUGGAGGCUCUUCUGAAAUACAUGGCCAAAAGUCUGGAGUGGAAGUGCAAAGAUAACCACGAGAAGGGCUUCGCAUUCCUGUUUGGAAACUUCAAGAAAUAUUACCUGCCGCACAUAUUCCCUAACUUUUCCAAGGAGACCAGUUUGUACCAUCCCAUACUGGAGGUUCCAUCAAUGAGACCAAAGCCUUACUACAGUGUGGUGAAGAAAGACCCAGAGACCAACGAGGCAGUGUACUGUACCAAGGAGAGCCUCCUCAACGCCCGGGUCAUCUUCAUCCGCUGGCUGGUGUCCUUCUGGCUGGAGCCACGCUCCAACACUGGUACACACAUCCCCGGGGUGGACGGAGAGAGGGAGAGCGUGCCAAAGAACAUCCAGAGGGCAGCAGCUGGGCUGGCUGGGCGGGGACAUGGGCUAGGGGAUGACUUGGGCCCCAGGGCAGACAGCCUGGAUGGAGGGAUAGGUUGUGAGAAGGAGCAGUCCCACUCUAACACCUCCACCCUGACAGAGAGGGAGCCCAGCUCCUCCAGCCUGUGUAGUAUGGACGAGGAGCACCUCACUGACAUGGAGGUUGUGAGAAGAGUCCUCUGUUCCUCCAGGACCAAUGUCAACUUCAUCACUGAGAUUUUCCGACAGGCCUUCCUGUUGCCAAUGUGUGAGGCUGCAGCCAUGAGGAAGGUGGUGCGUGUGUACCAGGAGUGGUUUGCCCAGGAGGACAAACCUUUGUUUAUGAAGGAGCCGGAGGAGGAGAGGAUAUUUUCCACCGCCGGAGAGGUUAACCUGGAGCCUGUACCCCAGCAGGGCCCAGAGAAGGAAGAGAGGGUGAAUAAAGUGUCUGAGAAAGAGCUGCUGGAGUACAGUGUGCAUGCAGGUGUUCAGCCCACUCUUCAGGUGUUUGUCACCAACUCGGCCAAUGUGUUUCUGCUGGAACCAGCCAACGAGCUGAAGAUGCUGCUAGAGGAACAUGUUGACAUGUGCAAGAGAGUCCUUAACAUCUACCGCAGCCUGGUUAUGCAUGAAACCAUGGACCAGAAGACAUGGGAGCAGAUCCUUCUGGUCCUGCUGAGGGUAACCGAAUGUGUGAUGAAGAGACCUCCCUCAAUCAUGCCCCACGGCAAGAAGAACAUGACCCUCUCAGGGAGACUGGCCGGGGCAGUCUUUCAGACCCUGAUAGUGGCGUGGAUCAAGGGGAACCUGAACGUGUACAUCUCCAGGGAGCUGUGGGACGACCUGCUGGCCGUGCUGUCCUCGCUCACCUGCUGGGAGGAGCUGGUCACAGAGUGGUCCCUCACCAUGGAGACACUCACCAAGGUUCUGGCCCGCAACCUGUACAGUCUGGACCUCAACGAGCUGCCGCUGGACAAGCUGAGCGAACAGAAACAGAAGAAACACAAAGGGAAAGGGGGAGCUCACGAGGGCCAGAAAAUGGCUGUGGACCGUUCGUUCUCUAAGAGCUGGAGCAGGGACCAGCCUGGGAGUGGGAGCGGCCAGGCAGCAGCCAUGAGGCAGCGCAGUGCCACCACCGCUGGCUCUCCGGGCAUGGAGAAGGCCAGGAACACCAUACGCCAGAAGACUGGGGACAUGGACGAUACCCCGAUGGCAUCUCGGACCCCCAGGAUCCGCCACUGCUCCCAGAGCGAGGAUACCCCGGCUUCGGAGUUGUUUUCGGCGUCUUGCGACCUGGACCCCCAGGGGUCCACGCUCCCCCGUAGCAGCAGCGCCUCCGACAUCAUGGAGCCCUUCAUCGCCGAGAGGGUCAAAGGUGCACUUCCUGUCCCUGACAGUCCCCCCGCUCACCCCACCACUGCUGUCUCUGUCCCCCACCACCACGCCCUGCACCCCUCCAAACCUCCCACUACCCUAGGUAGCAGCGUGGCCUCUCUGGAGGUGGGGGAUAGCAUCUAUGACCACCUGUGGCAGAUGAUAGGCCCCCGCCCCCUUGCCCAUGACUGGACGUGUGGUGGAACCUCCUUCUCCUCCACCCUCACCCAGUCCUCUGAGAGAGAGGAGGGGGGGGAGACUGAGGGGGAGGAGGACCUGCUUAGCUCUCUCAGGGAGUAUCUGAUGCAAAGAAGCCUGGAGGAGGGAGGUGGAGGGGGAGAGGAGGGCCCUAGUGAGGCUGUGGAAGGUAGCACUGUGGCUGUGACGGUACAGUCAGGGUCACAGCAGGUCAGGAAACAGGUCCAGGUAAGGCAGCAGAGCAGCUUGGACUCAGCAGAGGAGGACAGUGCAGAGGCAGAGCAGCAGCCUUCUGAGAGGAGCAUUUAUGAGUGUCUGGAGCAGAGUGAUGACUGGGAGCUGGCCAGCAGGGGGUGCUCUAGUCUAGACCAGCAGGUAACUCCUCAGGGCACAGAGAAUAGGGGAGAGCCCCACUUGGUCAGGCAGGAUGCCACAGAGUGUGAGUAUAAUAACGAGACAGGAGGUUCAGGCCUACAAGCCCCUCAGCCCCGGCAGCAGUCCCAUUCUCUCCACCAUUCCCUCAAGCCCAGGUUGGUCCGGGGCAAGCUCAAAAAGCACCACGGGGGAGGGGUGCACGUCAGUUUCCGGCCCUCCACAGAGUCUGUCCAGUUCCACAACCCUCUAGACUCCAAGGAGGCCCACUGGAGGACCAGGCUGCGCCGCCUCAGCCACUUCAGCAGCCACUCUGUAGGAGUGGGGGGGUCUGGAGGGGCAGGAGUGGGUGGGUCAAAGGGUAAAGAGAGGUCAGGAGGGGAGGGGGUGAGCGGAAACGGGGAGCAGCCUGAUGGGGAGGCCAGUGGAGUGGGGGGUCAUGCGACAGGGCAAGGGCGUGUCCGUCUUGGGCGCUCUGCCCUUCGGCCCCGUGGGACCCGGUCCAGAUCCCAGGAUGCGGAAUCGGGGAUCAGUCCCUCUCGGCAGCAGCAGGGGGCUCUGUUGGGCGGUGUGUAUAAAUCUGUGGUCCAUGCUCUCUCCAAGCCCAAGGCCCACGCCUCCGGCUCAGCGUCUCCCCAGCGGCACAGCAAAGCCCCCGGCGGGGCCACAGAGGCGCCCCUGAGGGACCUGUACACUCAUGUAUUGGGCUAUUUUGGAAGAAAAGCACCAGCCAACAAAGAGGAAACUUGUCAGAAGAUGCGGCCUGUGUCCAGUGACGCAGGCAACAGCAGCCAAAACUUUGGCGACCUGAUGGACGAGUUUAUCCAAGAGCGUCUGCGAGCGGGAGGCACCUCUGGUAUGACCAGGCGUGGCAGCAGCCCCGGUAGUCUGGAGAUCCCUAAGGACCUGCCAGAACUCCUGAACCGUCAGAACUCCACACGACCCGUGGACGACCCCGGCGUGCCCUCCGAGUGGACCUCCCCCGCCAGUGGCAGCAGCAGCGACUUAAUCAGCUCCGACAGCCAAUCGGAUUCAUUUAAUGCCUUCCAGUAUGCCAACUGCAAGUUUGAAAAUUUCAGCUUUGGUCCAGAUGGCGUUGGUGCGGGGUCGUUGGACCAGGAUAACACUAGCCUGGGAGGAGUACCCCAGACUGCAGAGGAACAGGAGGUGUCCAGCCUCACCACCCUGCACAUUGACUCAGAGACCAGUAGUCUGAGCCAGCUUGGCCUGUCUGCAGAUACCGUCACCAUCACAGGUUCAGAGAGUGCGUCCCCGAUGCAUUCCCUGGGGGGUUCCCGCUCUCAGACCCCGUCCCCAGCCACGCUGACCGCUGAACAUGUAGCUCUGCAGCACAAGGACCUGCAGCUGGAUGAGAAACUACAUCACUCUGUAGUACAGACUCCAGAUGACCUGGAAACCAGUGAGUUCCCUACAGAGGACUCCAGUGUGAUGGCUGGUGGCUCGCUGACCGGUUGGCACGCUGACGUUGCCACGGUGAUGUGGCGGAGAAUGCUAGGCAUUCUGGGAGAUGUGAACACCAUUAAGGACCCAGAGAUCCACGCGCAGGUCUUUGACUACCUCUGUGAGCUGUGGCAGAACCUGGCCAAGAUCAGAGAUAAUCUGGGGAUCUCUCUGGACAACCAGUCGUCUCCUCCUCCCCCGGUCCUCAUCCCUCCCCUUCGGAUCCUCACCCCCUGGCUCUUCAAAGCGACCAUGCUGACUGAGAGGUACAAACAGGGGAAGCUGCACGCCUACAAGCUCAUCUGUAAGAUCAUGAAGAGGAGGCAGGACGUAUCGCCCAACUCUGACUUCCUCACACACUUCUACAACAUCAUGCACUGUGGCCUCAUGCAUGUCGACCAGGACAUAGUGAAUACCAUCAUUAAGCACUGUUCUCCUCGGUUCUUCUGCGUCGGCCUUCCCGGGGCCACCAUGCUCAUCCUGGACUUUAUCAUCGCAGCCAGCAGAGUCACAGCCUGCUCUUCGCUCAACGCCCCGCGGGUGGAGGCUCAGAUCCUGCUGGGUUCUCUGGUGUGUUUCCCUAACCUGUAUGAGGAGCUGCCUGCCCUGCACCCCACCACCGCUGACGUGGUCAUGACCAAGUUCAGAGACGUCAAGGAACACAUCAUCAAACACAUCCUGAGUUCAGCAAGAGAUGAGCCUUCAGCCCCAGCCAGGUGCGUGGCCCUGUGCAGUCUUGGUAUCUGGCUGUGUGAGGAGUUGGUCCACGGCACCCAACACACUCAGAUCAAAGAAGCCCUCAACGUCAUCUGUGUCACUCUGAAGUUUCCAAAUAAAACUGUUGCGCUGGUGGCCUCCGACAUUCUGCACUUGCUCAUAAACUAUGUCGAUGACCUUCAGAAAUUCCCCCCAGACACUCCAAAGAAAAUAGUUGAGAUCCUCAUAGCGACCGUAACUCACCUGCUCCCCACCACAGAAUCUUCCCCUCAUGAACUGGACAAGAGGUUGGUGGUGUCUCUGCUGUUGUGCCUCCUGGAUUGGGUGAUGGCCCUGCCUCCUAAGACUCUGCUGCAGCCUGUCCAAACACUCAGCCCUGACAAGGACAAGCCAGACAAGUCUGUCCUCAGCUGUAUCUAUAAGGUGCUGCAUGGCUGUGUGUAUGGGGCCCAGAACUUCAACAGCCCCAGGUAUUUCCCCAUGAACCUGUCAGACCUGACCAGUCCUGACUACGACCCCUUCCUGCUGCUGGAGAGUCUGAAGGAACCAGAGCCCCUCCACUCCCCAGACUCAGAACGCUCCUCCAAACUACAACCGGUCACCGAGGUGCGGAGCCGUAUCCAGCAUGGUCUGAUCUCCAUCGCAGCCAGGACAGUCAUCACCCACCUUGUCAACCACCUUGGCCACUACCCCAUGUCUGGAGGCCCUGCCACCUUGACCAGCCAUGUCUGUGAGAACAUGGACAACCCCUACAGCGAGAGCCCUGACCUGGCCCCAGAGCUCUUCGACGGGCCCAACCUACAGUUCUUUGUCCUGAACGGUACCACCCUCCUGUCCUGUCUCCAGAUCCGGGCUGAGGACGGUGUGCCCGGAGGUGGGAUGUCUGCAGGCCUCACCACGACCAGCGCCUGUGUGAGGGUUAUUGUUAGGGAUAUCUCCGGCAAACACUCGUGGGACUCGGCUGUACUGUACGGCCCGCCUCACUGUGGUGCUCCUAACCAGCCCCUGCACCUCUACAGUAAAAGACCUACAGAGAGAACGAAUACAGAUGGGGAGAAGAACCGAGCAGGGGAGCUUGGAGAGAGGGAAGAGGGGGCUGCACUGGAGGAGGAGGAGGAAGAAGAAGAAGAGGUGGUUGUGGUGCUGGGAGAGGAUGAGCUGGGAGAGGAGGAGCAGGGGGAGGCUGUGGAGGAGGAAGAAGAGGGGGAGGAGGAAGGUGCAUUGGAGCUGAUGGCCCCGCAGGCCAAGCGUGUGUGUCGGGAGGUGGUUCCGUCCUGGGACUCCCUACUAGAAGAUGAUGUUCUAGAUGAGAUGCUGCAGUACCUGGGCUACUCCAGCCCCGAGUGUCUGCAGCGUGCCGGUGCCCCCCUCAACAUCCCCGCCCCGCCCCCUGUCUGCGUCUCGGAGAAGCAGGAGAACGACGUGAUCAAUGCCAUCCUGAAGCAGUGUGCUGAGGAGAGGGACUUUGCGGUGCACAGGGGGAAUGGGCUAAACAUGAGGGCUGUGGAGCAGGGGGAGCCGGAGCCCCACAGGCCCCAGUCCGCCUUUUACUACUGCAGGCUGCUACUCAACAUCCUGGGCAUGAACUCCUGGGAGAAGAGGAGCAACUUCCAUCUCCUGAAGAAGAAUGAGAAACUGCUUAGAGAGCUGAAGAACCUCGACUCCAGGCAGUGUCGAGAGACUCACAAGAUAGCCGUGUUUUACGUGGCGGAGGGGCAAGAGGACAAGCACUCUAUCCUGUCUAACACCAGUGGUAGUCAGGCCUACGAGGACUUUGUCUCUGGGCUGGGCUGGGAGGUGAAUCUGACCAGUCACUGUGGCUUCAUGGGAGGUCUUCAGAGGAACAAGAGCACGGGUCUGACAACGCCUUACUUCGCCACCUCUACCGUCGAGGUCAUGUUCCACGUCUCCACACGCAUGCCUCCCGACUCUGACGACUCACUCACCAAAAAGCUACGCCAUCUUGGGAAUGACGAGGUGCACAUCGUGUGGUCGGAGCACUCCCGAGACUACAGGAGAGGCAUCAUCCCCACGGAGUUUGGAGACGUCCUCAUCAUCAUCUACCCCAUGAAGAACCACAUGUACAGCAUCCAUAUCCUCAAGAAGCCAGAGGUCCCAUUUUUCGGGCCGCUGUUUGAUGGAGCCAUAGUGGAUGAGAAGAUCCUUCCCACCAUGGUCCGGGCUACAGCCCUCAAUGCCAGCAGGGCUCUAAAAUCCCUCAUCCCCCUCUACCAGAACUUCUACGAGGAGAGAGCCCGUUACCUGGAGACCAUCGUCCAGCACCACCUGGAGCCAACCACCUUCGAGGACUACGCAGCGAGGGUCUUCUGCCCCGCCCCCUACCACCACCACCUCUCAGACCCCGGCUCAUGCCUCGAGAGUCAGGAGGGAGAAAGUCCAGCAGCAGUGCAACUAGACGGGGCCGACCAGUUAGCCUCGCCAAUGUCCCCUCGUACUAGCAAGAGCCGCAUGUCCAUGAAGCUCCGACGCUCCUCCGGCUCGGCCAAUAAGACCUGAUCGGACUUUCCCUCCGCUGAUCGUCCUCCAUGCAACGCCCUGCAUGAGGUCACAGCCUUCAGACAAACCGACUGACUCUCUGUACUGUAUAGCUAGGACUGCACUGCAACUACCAGCCUUUACCUGCUAACAGUGCUGCAUCGCAUGUUAUGUACCCCCACUAUAUGGACAUGGACACGCCUGCCCUGCAGGGUCAGAAUCAGCAUCAACCCUACUGCCACCACCCUUCCAAGAUGCAGGAUAAGGCCUUCAACAGAGCCAGACCCUCAGGGGCCAGCCCAGGGUUCCCCAGGACUCAGCUUGUGGUAGCAGGGCCUCCAACAGAAUAAACAAGUCCCCUGGGCAAGGUUAGCUAACUAUGCUCACUACCACCUCAACUUUACACAAAAUAUAAUAUACUUAGAUAUAUAAAAGAAGCAGCAUCGGUUGGUUUUGUACAGAAUGCAUAAAGGCAACAUGAGAGAUGUGUGUUCAUUGUAAGUAGCAUUGUUGAUGGUUGAAAUCACUUGAUAUUAGACUGAGAUGAUGAACUAUAGUGUGGUCUUUCUCUGCUGUUGUAGCUGAGCAGAGUGGCUAAUAUCCUGUCCUCCCUGCUCUCUGGGCACCUGACUCUGCACCCACUAGGAAAGGGAUUGUAAGAGUUUGUAAGAAAGAACAAAGAAACACAAAGUAAGAAAAGCUAAUUUGUCAUAUUUGGUCACUGUGUCCACCGUGAGACAAAUGUAUAUAUAUAUUUGUACUAUAUUCUGUAUAUACAGGAGUUUUCACUUUCUUUAUGCUUGGACUGAAGCAAUGUCAGCCAGUGUUCAAAGAUGAGAUGAACGUUUUGAAGUUGGAAAAGUUUGUUUCUAGAAUUCUGACGUGGAAAUUGUUUAGUUAAAGUGAAGCACUUACAUUUUGGUUUUGGUUUUCACGCUAAACGUGCGACUGAGUUCACACUACUGUUGUUCUUUUGAGGGUCACGUAUUUUUUUUAAUCGAGAUUGUAAAAUUGUUUUUCACCUGAUAAAGAAUGUUACUGAUGAUUUAGUUUUGUUCAUAUACAAUGUGUUGUAUUGAACCAGCCCUUUUUUCACUUAUGAUGACUAUAUUAUAUAUAUGAGAAUACAUAUUUAAGGUGUGUAGUGUUGAGGACCAUACCUGGUCUGUGUACAGAUUUGAAUAUAGCUGCCAAAAAAAAAACUAGAUGUCUUAUUAACUUUAAGAUACGUAGACCAACGGUUGGAUGUGUGAUCAGAUCUUCUGCUUGUGUUUCAUAUAAGAGGUCUUCUGCCUCGGACGUCAUCACAAAGCUUGCCUGCUGAAGUUGGCCUAUACAACACUGUACUGUAGCUUUGUCCACAGCUAGAAAAAGCUCAUUGCUGUUAAGGUUUGUGUGUCUGUCUGUGCAACAACACAAAUGAAAGAGGACCAUCUCCUAUGAUAUGGAGACAUUCCCUCCUGUAAAGUAUUGGUAUUAACACAGUAUGUACUGUAUAGGAGCUUAAACAACCAUAUACCAUUUCUUCACUGUCCAGCUCGCCAAUAAUCACCUAAAUUAAAUCUAGACAGUCAGGAAGUAUCGAAACAAUUAGCAAGACUGUUGUCUAUUUUUUGCAAAUUUGGACUUCGAGGGAAUAUAAAACAUUUUCAGUGUGGCCCUCUGGACCUCGUUGAAGAACGAAUGCCGUCCCUGGGGCAAAAUGAGUUUGACACCACUGUUAUUUAUUUGGGUUCUUCUGAAACUCCAGCUAGGGUCUCUGCAGGUGGGCUUCAGAGCAAGCUAAUGGGCUAUUUGUCGUGAACACUUCUCUUACUGUCCCCUUCAUGUAUUGUAGCAGGUCUUCAUCAGGGUCUUCCACCCUGGCCUGCUUCUCCAACAACACCUGUACCUGGGUCGUUCUUGAGUUACGAUGGCGUUUGGGGGGGGGGGGGGGGUAAUUUUUUAUAUUUUUUUAUUUACAUGUAUUUGGGUACAUCUUCCUGUCUAAAUCAGCUAAUAUGGCAGCUUAAUGACUUUAAAUCAUGUUUACCAUUAUGAUAGCAUUGUGCCACCUGUAGGAGUAGUAACACUGAGACAUUUUAGGUUGAGGAUUUUCUUGUAAAGUCAUUAAAAAUAUAAAUAAUUUACUAAAGUGAUAUGAUUACUAAUUUUGCUCACAAUGUAAUUUCCCUUCAUUUAAAUUGAGUAACACCUGUUGGAUUUAAACACCAAAUGAUCAAUGAAAUCCUCAAAUGUAUGACGUACUUAAAGGGUGUGAUUAGCUAAACAUUUUCUUUAAUACAGACCCCUCCCUGAUAAGUUUGCCACUGGAGGGAAUGCUCAAGGUCCUUGUAUAUCUUUGCAAUGAGUGAUUUUCAAGGCGGUAACACCAAUGACAUAAAACUGAUGGACAGUUUCUUUUUAAAUAGCCUGUUUUUAUUGAUCUAUACCCGGGAUGGGCAACUCCAGUCCUCGGGGGCCUGAUUGGUGUCACACUUUUGCCCCCACCCCUAACUCCAUUAAUCAAAGAAUCAUGAUCUUCAGUUUAGAAUGCAAUUAGUUUAAUCAGAUGUUAGAUAUAGGGAUGGGGGGAAAAGUGUGACAGCACUCCAGCCCCCGAGGACUGGAGUUGCCUAUCCCUGAUCUAUACAAUCUAUUAAAUACUUUUGUUCACUAUCUAGUAUUCAAAAUAAUCGAUCACUAAAUCCCCAAAACAUGUCAAUACAACUCUACAUCACUACUGGAAAAAGCCCAUUUGCUUAUCAUUAGUACUUUAAACAAUGCAUAAACAUAACGUUUUGCAGUAUAAAGGACUUACAUUGUUUUAGUAUUGAUAAACUGUUCCCUAUAAACAAAAACAUGUAUGAUGUGUAACUUUUUGUCAUUUUAAAGUGUGUUUCGUGGUUGCGAAGGCAAGGGAGGCAAAUCCCACUGCAAUUCAAGAACGACCCACCCCUUUGUCACUCCAGUUGCCAACUGUGUCCAACUUUACGGCACUAACAGAGCAAACACUGCAGUUUUAUCUUUGAAUACUGCUAUUAUUUUUUGUUAUACUUUAUCGUUAUUUGCUUUCAGCUAUAGGUUCUCUGCUAGAGAGGAAAGGGAUUGUAAAUAUAUUUUUUUUACCUUUUUGGUUGUAAUAUCUUUUAAAAACUGCUGCCAUGUCUAAGGUCAAAUCCAUGUUAUUUUUGUGUUACGUUUGAAUAUAUGAGCUUGAAGUCCGUUCCGAUACUUAUUAUUAUUAUAAGAUGACCAAGGAUGAGAACUAAAAACUUGCCAGAGAGAGUGAGGAAAUCAUGCUGCAUCCUUACUUAAAGCUGAGGAGAUUGGAUAAGAUUGGUUUGCUCUCUCCCUACACUCAGACGGGACUGAAACGUGUACAUACUGUAAAGUUUUUAAAAAAUGACUUGCUCAUUUAUGGAGUUAUACUGUAUGUUACUACUGACCAAAUACUGCAUGAUGCCAGUAAGCCUACUAACUGCAUGUGUUGGUAUAACAUCUACACACACACGCGCGCACACACAAUCACACAAAAUGAAAUGGUAUUGGCAUACUUGUAUCUAUACGUUUGUAAUGGCUGUCCAGAAAGAGAGUGGGUGUGCAAUGGAAUUUGACAAUAAAAAGUAUUCUUACCA